CAGUGGACGCCAGACGAAUUGAUUUUUCGGCGAGUGUCGGACGAUGAAGGCAAACUCAAAAACGUAGUCAACAGUAUUUGUAAUAUAUUGUUCAUACGCUUUUUACUAGGUAAGAUAAAUGAUGUCAUAGUUUUACACGGUUAAACUCUUGGUAUUUCUUAGUUUCGAAUUCCGCACAGGUGACUAAUGGUUUUUUUUUUUCAUUAAUCGGUUUUCAAUCCAGCGCUAUUAACAAAUAUGUACAAAAAAACGUCCAAUCCGCUGUAUGCUAAUGUGAAGCCGGACACGAAGUACAAGAACAAUGAGUCAGCCGCUCAGAAUGAACCUACUUAUUACAAUACAGUGACCAGUAAACCGGCCAAACCAUCCCAGGGCAUUUACAGCAAUGUGAACUACAAUGCAAAACCGUACAACAUUUACUCCAAUCUCGCUGAAACAGGAACACCUCCGGGGAAGCCGCCUUUUAAAAAUACUCAGUAUCCAGUUUAUGACAAUUUGAAACCGUUGGGUAUGUUUUGUGGAUUUUACAUUAUUUUCGUAAUAUUUCUUAUUAUUCUAAUAAAAUAUAGAACCAUCUGUAAGCGUAAUAACCAGUACGGAUUUUUAAGUUUUUAUGUAUUGUGAUUGAGUAUAAUGCGCAGUCUUAUGCGAGUAAAAAAAAUGUGGACGAUUCGUUCAACCCAAUGUUUGUAGGAAAACGUUUUUUUUUUUAGCACAUCUUGGAAUAUUUUGUAAACUUUACAGAAAAAAUUAUAAUUAUUAAUUUUAAUAUUAAAGUACCUAACUGAAGUAAAUAUUUUUGGAAUAAUUCAACAACCAUCAUUUUUUUUUAUCAUUUUAAUAAAGUAAAAAAAAAAAAUCUCAAAAUAAAUCAUAAUAGGUAUAUUGAUUACAGUGAUUAUUUUUGUAUGUUUUUCUAACUUUUAAGAGAAUAUUAGUAUCAUAUUUUAGAUGUUUUCAGAGAAUAUAAAUCUGGAUUGUUGUAAUAAUACAGGCACUCUCAUAACCAUUCUUAUAAGCACCUAAAAUAUUCAUUAAAAAUUGAAAAAUACACUUUGGUAUCAAAAAAAAAAAUCCAGAAUUCCAGAAAGAUAUCCAGGCGCCUUUUUAAAAUAUUAUUAAAUCAAUAAUUAUGUGUUAAAAAGACCUAUAUCCCAUUCAAUGCAUGUAUACUUUGUGUACAAGGUAUUAUGUGUAUUAGUAAUUGUAUUGUUUUCCUUGAUAAAAAUCAUUAAAAACUGUUCAAUGCUGUUUCUUUGCAAAACAGUUUUUUUUUCAUUUCUGAAGUGUUUUAGUGGUAUUCAAAACACCACCGAUAUGAAAAAUUAAAAUUUAUUUAAUAGAUAUUCACGUGUAUACUACAGUGAAAAUGAAGUAGGCUUGCUCAAUAUAAAUUGGUUUAAGAGGCGUGACACACCCAUAAUUUGAGUGUAAAAACCUAGUUGUCGAAUAACAGAAUCAUUUUGUUAAUAUUUAUGGUUGAUCGACAAUUUUGGUUUUUUUUGUUUUAAUGAGGAGAACUUUAACUGUGACUUAGUGUUUUCAAUUUUUAGCCGGUACAAAAAGAUUUAAAAAAAAAAUAAUUUUUAAAGUUUGUAAACAUUUCAAGUUUUUUGUUUGUGAAUAUGAAAUUAUUGAGAUAAGUUAUUGGAAAAUGGAAAAUGAUGCAUCACAGACAAUUUUCACCUUAUAAAUGUUUUAUGAAUAGAGAUAAAACAAAAUAUGUUUUAAGUAACAAUUACUCAAUAGUAAAAUAAUUUUAUUUAGAAAUAUUGAAUUUUCAUAAUCAUAUUAUAGGUACCUACCUACAUAUUAAUGUGUUCUUUUUUUAAAUCUUAAAUGUAAAUUUCACUGAAACGACAAACGUAUUAAAAUUUUGAAAUAUGUCACAAAAAAACUUUAUAUAUUUUUUUUUUAUUGGUUUGCCUAAUAUAAGUGUUAUACUUGGGUGUUUCUAAAGCCGCGUACACAUUAGUAAAAAUUUACAUUGUGUGUGAUAUGUCAAAUGCGUCACAAAUAUUUACACGGCAAAUAUUUAUAGACAACUUAAUUGACAGCUUAUUUAUAAAUAAAUAUUUACUUUGUACACUAUGCCCGGGAUCAACACAUGUUUAAUUAAUCAUAUACCUACUAGAUUUUUACCAUUGGUUGAUGUACAUUUUAUCAAUAUUUUAUUACAAAAUGAAUUUGAAUAAGGAAGAUGUUAUUCUUUUAUACAUCAGACACAAUUUAUAGUUCAGUUGUUAUUUAUGAUUAUUUUUGAAACACUAAUUAAUUAAUUUUAUAAACAAAUAUUAAGAAAGAAUAUGUUUAUACUUGAAUAGUAUUACAAUGCGAAUGUAUGAUGUGGUGCAAAAAACCCAUGGCCAAUAGAUUGUGUGUGUUUAAUGCAGUAAAAGGUUUUUGUGUGCGCUGUUAUGUGGCCAACACGUCCAUAACCCAAAUAAAUUUUAAACUCUUGAACAAACUUGUGCCAAACGUAAUGUAUAAGGUAAUUUUUUACUAUUGUGGACGCAGCUUAAGACACCUCAAAACAAAUGCUAUAGCCCACAGCCCUUAAUUAUUAUUAUUGUGUCUAUUUAAUAUAGGUAAAAAUAACUUACACUGUCCUCCAUCUCCCGUAAGUUCUAGUUACUCUGAACUCCAAAAAGCUGUUAGCUAUGAAGAUGACUCAAAAGACUUUGACAACUCCUCAUCACAAGUAAGUUAAUACAAUAAUUCAAUUAUUGUAUGGUCAUUUUUAAAAUUAAAAUUAUAUUAUAAUUAUUACUUUUAGGCAUCAAAAAUGUAUGAGUCAAUCUAUGAGCCGAUCAAUGCUGUUAGACCACCCAGUGAAUUAUCAUCUACAUACUCAAUGAACAGUCUUUCUCAGUCUAUUACUACCCGUGAACACGAAACUGAAGUUGAUUCUUUAACUGAUCUUCUUGUGAAUUCAAUGUCUGUUAAUGAUGCAAAGAAAAGUUUAGACAGCAAUGCUACUAGUGCAUUAGAUUGUUAGUAUUUGUUUUAUAAUUAUUGAAACAUAGGUACACAAAUUGUACUAUUGACAAUAAUAUGAAAUUGUAUAUAUUUAGGGAAUUGUACUAAAUGCAAUGAAAAGGUACAAGAAGAAGGUUUAGGAUGCACAGCCAUGGGAAAUAUUUAUCAUAUUAAAUGUUUCACCUGCACUCAUUGCGGAGAUCAACUAGAAGGAAAGCCAUUUUAUCACAUUGAUAAUAAGCCAUAUUGCGAAGAAGGUUAUUUGGUUGGUAUAAACUUUUAUAAACAUUUCAUUGAUAUUUUUGGAUAAGUAGCUUAUAAUCCAGCUAACCUUUACUUUUAAAAAUGAUUGUUAAUUAUGUUUGUCAGAAUGACAAAUAAACAUAAUCUAUUUAACCUUCCAUUGGGUGCAUAGCUGUCUAAACGACCAGAGGUUCUGUAAAUGUAUUAAAUUGUAGUUUUGUUUUGUAACUCAUAGUACCUUAUAAAACUUAAAAGUUGAAUAUCUUGACAAUUGGUGGACGAAAAUCAUCAAACAUGUUCAAAUUAAUAAUUUAUUUAAACUUGAACUCCCUCUGCAUAGAAUUUUCGUAAAACAAUGUAUAUCCCAAUACUAUACUAUAGUUAUACUACUUCCAAAAAAAUUAUAAAAUUUUAUCAUAAAAAUGGUUAGAGUUAAAACCUCCAAAGGCACAACAUUAAUACUAACACCAUUAAUUUACAAAAUUGUAUCUUACCAGCUUUAUUAGUGUGAUAGUCUUUGUUUUCAGAGAAAAUUUGACAAAGAAAAACUGGACCAUAAGAGAUUUUAUUUUAAUAGUUAUAUGAUAAAUAAAAACUAAAACUAAUACUAUUAUAUUUAUUGCACAUUGUAUACAGGAUACAUUAGAAAAAUGCUCCGUUUGUCAAAUACCUAUUUUGGAUAGAAUCUUAAGAGCUACAGGACGCCCAUAUCAUCCACACUGUUUCCGGUGUAUUGUUUGCUCGACAUUACUUGAUGGUAUACCAUUCACUAUCGAUGCAGCUAAUCAAAUUUAUUGUAUUGAUGACUUUCACAAGUAAGAUUUCCUCUAUAUAAUAUAGCAAUGAUAUGUAUAUUGUUAAAACUGAUGUUACAUUAUAUUAUGAUAAAUAAUUCAUAUAACAAGUUAAAUUAUUGAAUUGAAUGUAAAUACAAUUCAAAUUUUAGAAUAUUGAUUUCAUUUAUUAUUAUCAAAAUAUAGAUUUGCUUCUUAUAUUAUUAUUAUUCAUAUGUAACUUCUAAUUAUGUCAUAAAAUGCAAUACAUUUUUGUUGAUCAUAUUAUAACUUUAUUAAUAAUUUAAUUACUAUAAUUAAUUUAUAAUAUUAUGACAUAUUUUUCAUAUUGAUGUACAUUUACGAUUAAUGUUCUUAUUGCACUGUAAUUUGUAAAAAUGUGCCCUACAAAAAAAAAAAAAAAAACUAUUAAAAUGUUUAUAUUAUUCUCUGUUUACAAUUUUUUUGUAAUUUUAAAUCAAUAAAUUAAUAAAAUAAACUUUAAUAAAGCCAUCAAUUCAAUGCAACUAUUAAAUUAUUUGAAGAAAAUAAAAAUUACAUUAUAAAUAAUUAUUAUAAUUAAAUAAUAAUAUUUUAUAUUAUCUUACUCUAGUUACACUGUAUAAUUAAAUGUUUUGUCAAAAAAAAGCACCAUUACUUGAGAAAUGGCUUUAAUUAAAAUACUUUAAAUGUGAAAAACCACUUAAAAUACAAUUGUAUGUAUGCAAUCUCUAAUGUUUAAAACAAAUAGUACAUUUUGCUAUUUUUAUCUGUAUAAUUUAAUAAUUACUAGGUUACAAAGGCUAUAGAAUCUGAGUCCAACAAAAAUUAAAUGAAAUACCUUAAAUUUCAAUUACAAUUAUUUGCAUUCAUAUGAUAUGAGAAUUCAAAAUAUGUUGUUGAAAUAGUUAUACUUUUAUAAAAAUAAAUUGGUUCUUUUAGAAAAUUUGCUCCCAAAUGCAGUGUUUGCCAACUUCCUAUUAUGCCGGAAGCUGGACAAGAUGAAACCGUGAGAUUUGUUGCGUUGGAUCGGAGCUUCCAUGUGCUAUGUUACAGAUGUGAAGUCAGUUUAAUUGAAAUUAAAACAAUACUAAAUUUAUGAUAAUUAUUUAUUGGACACUUACCAAUUUUCAAAUUGUUUUGUUCUAGGAUUGUGAAACAUUGUUAGGAUCGGAAGCUGAAGGCAGAGGAUGCUAUCCAUUGGACGAUCACGUGUUAUGCAAAAGUUGCAAUGCUAAGAGAGUUCAAGCCUUGACGUCUACAAUGAUUACUGAACUUUAAGUUGAUACCAUACCGGGGAUCUCACAAUACGUUAGUACACAAAUGUCCAUGGUAUUUAUUUUAAUACAACUCUUAUUAUUAAUGUAUUUUAUUUUUUAUAGAUUCCUAUUAUGAAUUCAACAAACAAAUCAAUAAAACAUUGAUGCUCUAUUUAGCUGUAUAAUUAUUGAUGUAAGAGUUAUCAAAAUAUAAUUUAACCAUAAAUUUAGUGCAAGCGUAUUUUAAAAUGUAUAAACAUUUUUGAAAACUAUGAUUGCUAGUUGAUCAACAUGAAUGUAUGUUAAUUUAUACUCAUUAGUAUUUAACUUAAUUUAGUGUUUUAUAUGUUUUUUACAAUUAUACAUAAUUAAAAAUAUUAUUUAGUAUUUUAGAGAUUAUACUAUAUUUAAGUCAUAAUGUAUUUUAUAAUUAUUAAUGGUGCUGAAAUCUUUAACUACUUGGUGUUUCAAAUCAUAUUAGUUUUGAAUCUACCACUCACCUACCCAAGAGGCGGGCAAAAUGGGGAUGAAACCCUUUGCCCCUCCACCCACCAACACAUUAAUUAAUAGUUUAUUAACUAUAAGCUCUGGUAACUAUUUUUUUUUUUUUUUUUAAAAUAAACCAGAUGACUAUAAUAGUUAUCUAGAUAUUUGUUACUUUAUAAAACAAUAUUCAGAUAUUAAUUUGAUUAUUUUGGUAAAUAUAAUUUUAUUAAUGUAAGAAUCUACUAAAGCAGUGGUGAAUAUAAGUUAACUAUAUUCCCACAUUCAAUUCAAUAAAUAUACUUAAUUAAUCAGUUUUAAACGAGUAAAAACAUUAUUUCAAUUGCUGAGACAAACUCACAUAUCACCUACCUUUAAAUUUAAGUGGUUCAUUUGAACUACCUGAAGUAUGUACUCGGCACCACUGAUAAUUAUCGUUAUUUCAUAUGUUCAAUAGGUAACCCUAUUUUUAUUAUAUACUUAUACAUUCCAUAAUAAGGUUCUAGUUAUACUUUUGUAUUUAAAAAUUAAUAUUGAUAACCGAUAACCACAUUAUUUGCUGGUUCAUUCCUUGUGUAGUUUUGUUUUCUUUUUUUACUAAAAAUUCUAUGUUAGCCAUAUUUAUGCCAAAAUUAAGAUAUCAUUAGUUAUUAUUAUUAUUAAUUAAUAUUUGAUAUUAUGAUUAAAAAAUAAAUUGUUAGUUUUUCCAUUAGUUAAGUAAUUUACUUAUUCAAACUAUAAUAAUAUACUAUGUUAUUAAACACUUUGUUAGUGUGAGGUCAAAUAUUUAAGGAAAACAAUAAUUUUUAAUUAAGACAUCAUGUCUAUAUAUUUUCAAAAUAUUUAUUUUAGAAUAUAAUAUAUACACUUAUUUAAAACCUUAACAUUUACUUAUUCAACCAUUAUACAUUAUAACGUAUUAUUAUAAAACCUAGAUGAUAGCAAUUCAGUUUGUUAACCUUACUGAGCUUCUUUGUGUGUAACGUGCUUAUCAGCAACCAAUAUAAUCUUGCUACUUUACUAAUUUAAGCUCAUAUACAAUGCAUAUUAAUUAUUAAGAAUUAUUUAUCAAACCAAUGUAGCACCAAUUAAACGUUUUUUUUUUAUUCAAUAUUUAAUUGUGCAUAUUCCAUUCGGUCAAUACAUUCAUGUUAUAAAUGUUAAAAUAAUUACGUGACGAAAAUUGCAGAUGUAUAGUUACUACUGUAAUAUUUGUUAAAACAUGUAAACUGCUUAAAACAAAUUAUUUUAAUAUAUUGCCAAAUAUUGUUUUCAGAGAAGCUCAAUAAAUUAUAAUAUAUUAUUUAUUACUCAUACUAAUUAAUAUAAUAUAACUAUAGUAAAUAAUUAUUGUUAAUUUUAUAAUUCAUAUAUUAUUAUACCUUAGAGAAAUAAAA